CUUCCCCCAUCGAAUCAUCGGCUCGAACCACCUCCCACCUGGUUCCUGAUGUCCGGGGGUCAUGUACAUUCCAGGCCAUCCCUUCUUUCCCAUGGAGCAUGGAUAUACACCAGCGGGGAGGGGCGAUGUUACCUUUUCAAUCUCUCAAGUCCUUUCUUAUGCAGGUUCGGGCACACCGUGAUCCUGUAUCCUGAUCAGACUCGCUGGAAUUUUUCCAGCUGGGCUAUGCUACCCGGGAUCAAGACUGCGAUCCUGCUGAAGAGUUGGGGUGUGAUUUGGAUAAUAGUCUUCUCAGGAACAGGUUCUUAAAGGGAUGGUGUCCGGGCUGAGAAGCAUCGUCUGUUCUCUCGGAACUCGGCAAUUUUGAGGUAUAAUUCUGUCCAAGUCACUUCACUAAACAACCUCGGCUGGGAUAGAUAUCCCAACGUAAAACAUUAUUAAACAUCUUCUGAGCAAGGAAAGCUUUACCGACUUACUAUACAAGCUCCCACAGACCAACGCUGAACCAUGCGGCACUUGAUACUAUACAUGGCGACGCUCGCCCCUCUCACAACCUCUCUAGUCCAAUCCACAGCAAUCAUCCCAUCAUACGUCUACGAGUAUGCCCCUCUAGUCUGGCUACACAGCCAAGAUGCAUACCGACCCGGCGACAUGCAAGCACAGCUUGACCAUACUACACCCGAGGUCAAUUGGACCGCCAUCCAAGGCGCACCAUCACCACUCACACUGAACAAUCUUGACCAGCUCAAUAGCCUGGGGAAUACGAGUGUGUACCUCACGUCCCACGAGGGCAUCACUGCCAGCCCCGAGCCAGCUUGGUUUCGGGGUAUCAUGCCCGAUGCAGAGGGACGGAUUAGUAAUGGUACUGGGUGUGCGAUUAUCGUCGUUGAUCAUGGGAAGGGGAAUGUUGAUGCGUUUUACUUUUAUUUCUAUCCGUACAAUAAGGGUGAUAUCGUACUAGGCAUGGAAUUUGGUGAUCACAUCGGCGACUGGGAACACAACAUGAUCCGCUUCGCCAACGGUACCCCCCAAGCGAUAUGGUUCAGUCAACACGCCAGCGGCCAAGCCUUUACAUACAACGCCCUCGAAAAGAAAGGCAAACGACCCUACUCCUACUCGGGAAACGGAACCCACGCCAACUACGCCGUGAAGGGCCAACACGACCACACAAUCCCAGGCCUCAACCUCCCCACCGGCUUCCUCCUCGACUACACUGACCGCGGCCCCCUCUGGGAUCCCACCCUCAACGCCUACGCCUAUACGUACGAUCCCACCACCGGCAUUUUCACGCCAUCUUCUCCGGACACCCCCGUCGCAUGGCUAGAAUUCAAUGGUCGAUGGGGUGAUGACCAACCACCCGGGGAACCGACGAUUUUCGGGGAGGCAAAGUACGUUGCUGGCCCGGAUGGGCCGAAAUUCAAGACGUUGGAUCGGAAAUACGUGUGUCCGUCGACGCCGUGUGUUGUUCUACCAUUUAGGAUUUUUGCGGAGUGAUACCCGUAUGUGGGAGUGUGUUUGACAUUAAACUGUGAUGAGUCCCGGAUGGCGAUGGUGACGGAUGGUUGUACCACCUGCAGCUAUGUUAUAUAUUUGUGGGGGUUUCCGUGUGGCAUACGCGAACGAUGAUGAUGAGUAGCAAUAUCUGCCCUAAUUGAUGGACAAUUACAUAUGAAAAACAAAUUAUCAAGGAG